CGAACGGUGAUAGACACUAAGCCGAAACAAUUCUAGACUUAAACUUGAUAUUCCUGCUCAUCAAAUAGCAUAACGUAAAUUCGAAAUCAAUUUGGUGCAAUUGAAUUAAUAAAAAUAGUCGCUUACCUAGAAAUGCGCUCACAAGUAUAGAAAUACCAAUUAGUAAACAAAAAAAAUUGUGCUAGAAAAGAGAAGUGAUCGCGUAACGAAAGUGAAAUGUCGCAGCAAAAUGGCACCGCACCGGAAGCGGAGACGGAGCCAAAAGGGGCGCUUGUCUACUUAAAAAAAUUGUGGAUCUAUCGAAAGUAUUUAGUUAUAGAGCCAUUUUUCUUUUUCUACCUAAUGGCCAGUGUUUUCAAUGCAGUUGCUAUGCAAAAUUUUCCACUUGACAAGGCCUGUCGUGUAAAUUUAGGCUAUAAUAAGCUUAUCUGCGAUACAACUUUGGACAAAUCAGAGUUGGGCAUUGAGUGUGAGGAUUUCAAUUUCGAUAACACUACGCUGGGCGCAACAAUGCUAGAUGCUGCGCUCACCAUCAAUUCAGUCGGCUUCAAUUAUACUGUCUGUAAAGCUGAAGUUGAGGCGCAGAAAUUGGCUGCAGAUGUAUCCGGGAAACGAGCGCCUAUCGCUGCCAUCUUUCCUUUGAUUGUACUCCUAUUUGCCGGUGGUUGGUCCGAUCGUUACAACAAACGGAAGCCAUGUAUGAUCAUGCCAAUUGUAGGCGAAUUUCUCUCAUUCACUUGUUUACUAAUUUCGGCAAUAUUUUUCGACUCACUGCCCAUGGAAUUCGGCGCUUACUGUGAGGCGAUCGUGCCGGCUAUAUUCGGUGGACUUACAUUUUGCUUGAUGGCUGUCUACAGUUACAUAACCAUAGCCACACCGGAAGAGGACCGUAUAUUCAGAUUUGGUAUUUUUGCGAUGUUCAUAACAGCGGUACCUUUCAUUGGCCAACCGAUAAGUGGUUUUCUAUUCCAGCAGCUGGGUUAUAUAUUUUCCUUCGGAAUGGCCGCAUCGUUUCAAAUCAUCGCAAUACUGUAUAUAGUAUUUUUUAUUAAGGAGGUCAAACCAGCACCCAAAUUGGAUACAAAGACUGCUGAAGAUGGUCGCCCACCCUUGCCUGUGAAUGGACCACCGCCGCUGCCUGUUGCUGGCAGUGAAAAUUUGGCUUAUGAACAAACAAGCAUUGACGAAGUGGACAAAGUGAAAAACGUUAGUUUUGAAUUAAAUUCGCAAUUGCAAGUCGCGGAUAAGCCGACAACAUUGCCGAAUAUUGGAAGUGUUGAGCCUGUUAGACGUUCAUUUCUACGUGAAUUCUUUGAUCCAACUUUGGUGAUAGACUGCGUCAAAUUUCCGUUGAUAAAACGCCCCAAUCACGGAAGAAUGCUUUUGAUUUUAUUGAUCAUUGCCUAUUUUCUAACCCUGGGACCAGUAUCGGGAGAAAAUGACUAUUGGUAUCGUUACACGCUAAUCAAACUCAAUUGGAAUGGCAAUGAUUUCAGCUUUUUCUUCACAUUUUCCUCUGCAGCUGCAUUGAUUGGUACUUUCAUUGGUACGGCUAUACUUAGUAAAUUGCUAAAAUUCGCGGACUCCACAAUUGGCAUUCUAUCAGCCAUUGCCAUCGUAAUUUCCCGAGUUCUAUUUGCUUUUGCCAAGGAUACAAAGUCCUUCUAUGUCGCUGGCGUUGUUGAUAUGUUUGUGAGCUUGCGUGUAAUCGCCAUUAAAGCCAUCGGCUCCAGCAUUGUUGAUGGCGAAGAAUUAAGUAAAAUGUACUCAAUAUUUGGCAUUAGCGAGCCCAUAGGACAAUUCAUAUUCCCACCAAUAUUUAGUGCCAUCUAUCAGGAUACCGUAGAAACUUUUCCUGGUGCUAUUUUCCUUUUUGGCGAAGUGUUUUACAUACCAAAUGUGCUCGUGUUUGUGCUUUGCUACAUAAUUUUACGUCGUAACAAAAAUAAAACUAAGCAGGCGCCUGCAGGCACUACCAAUGGGAGUACUGAUUACACCAAUCCCGAUUGUGAGAUAACUAGUCUAUAAAUUAAAAUGUACUGAGCAAGGCGAACGAAAGCAUAAACACGAUGUUCAAAUUGUUUCUUUCAUUGGCCGUCCUCUGCUGCGCGACAGCUUGCUUCGGUCAGACAUUUCAAUACUCCCACGG